AUGCACAAGAUCAGCAACUUCACCGGCCAGGCUCGCCAUGGCUGGGAACGGAUGACUCCAGCAGCGUUCGGCAUGUCCAGAUUCCAUCAAGACAUGUCUACGCCGCAGCCAUUGAGACGUCCUCAAGGCCCCCCAGCAACCGGUUCCGCCGACUUGACUCCGGUCAACCUAUCCUUCAACGUCCCUUUUGCUUCGUACCUUGCCGGCCCCGACCCAGAUGAUAUCCUCCACUCGAGUCCCGGCGCGUUUCAACGAUGGACAUUUCCUGCAGACACUCCUGAAGGUACGCCAAUUCAUCAGCUCCCGGUCCAUAUACAGAACGAAGAGAGACUGCGAUCGUUGUGCACGUACAUCAGUGACCAGAGUGGUGGCCGUGUGCAAGCAACGGUGACUUCAUCCGAGCCCAAGGCUGGACCUGCCUUGCACAGAAAAUCACAAGGAUUGGUCACCAAUGUCUGUAUUUCCGGAGAGGGAGAGUUAGUCUACAAGAUGCGGUCCAAGAUUCUGAACGAGACCCCUAUCAUGAUGCGCCCUGCGAUUGUGGACAUUGACCCAGGCUUGAUACUCGACGACGGGGAGACCGGAGUCCGAUCGAGCGUACUCAAUCACAUUGAUCUGUGCGCUAAGUACACAGGGACGGAUAUCUUUCUUCUCAAGCCUAAAAAUGGAGAGGCAUCCUCAACAGCUGCUUCAUAUGGCAAUGGUGUGGAUAGUGGACUCGACCAACGGUAUCGAGUGAACAUCUUUGGAGAUAUGGAGAGUGUUGAGCAUGCAAAAACCAGGGCACUGAUGAUGAUAGAUCAAAUUCUGAAGCACAAGAUCGACGUCAUAAAGCUCGAAGUCACCAUGCACACACUUGUCUCUGGUCGGACUGGUAAGAAUAUCAAGAUGAUUGAAUCGGCCACAAAGACUGCCAUCUAUUUCCCUCCGCCUUUCCCUGGAGUCUUUGGCUACAUCCCCCCACAUGCCACUCGUCGUGCCGCGGAUGAAAUCUUCAUUACGGGAGAGAACCAGGAACGCAUCAACCAAGCGAAGCAAAAGUUGAAGGAGCUAGUAAUGGGCAUCAAACUAUAUUCCAAAGAUGCGGUUGUCUCUGCGAGCAAGAUUGACAACAUACUGCUUGACCGCCUGGACAAGGUCCGCAAGAUUAUGGAAACAAACGGUUCCCACGUCCUAUUCCCCCAGCUUGCUAGUCAGCGUGGCAUCAUUCGGGUCCAAGGCACGGAAGUCUUACAUGUCGAGCGAACGGUCAAGGAGAUCAUGGCACUUGCCGGUCAAUUUUUCAGUGCGUCGUGGUGGAUCAUAAUGCCCGAUCCGUCACAAGGUCCUGCCAUCCGAGCACCAUCUCCCGACGAUAUCCGCAUCAUGCUGAGUGAUAUUUGCACCAACUCGGGAGCUGAGAUUAGUUUCGAGAAGUUCACAUUUACUAUCAACGGGUCUGAUGACGCUGUCAAAGCGGCGAUGAUGGUCAUUAAUCAGAUACCAUUUGUCAAGCGAACCCCAUAUCAGAUUCGCGUCAAGAUUGAACUUGCGAAUGAGCACAAGGAGUUUGUGAGCGGCAAGAAGAACGGGAAGAUUAACAAAAUCAUGGGCCAGAGCAAUGUGCAGAUCAUCUUCGACGGCUUUAACGAAUACAAUUUCUACAUUGAUGUCGUGGGUAGCCAGUAUGAAGCCACGAAGAAUGGUCUGGAUCUUGUUGAGCAAGAAAUGCCGGCAUCUAUAUCUUUCCACGUACCAGAUCAAUAUCACAAACGCAUCAUUGGCAUUGGUGGACAGCACAUUCAACGGAUCAUGAAGAAGUAUUCCGUUUUCGUAAAAUUCUCCAACGCUAUGGAUCGAGGGGGUGUUGGCAAGGACGACGACGACAUCAAGGUUGACAAUGUCAUAUGUCGUACGCCUGCUCGCAAUGCGCAAAGCCUGGAUUUGGUGAAGCAAGAGAUCAUGGAUAUGGUGGAGAAAGUUGACGCCGAAUUCGUCUCCGAAACUGUGGUCAUAAAUCGACUCUACCACCGGGAACUCAUUGCUCGACUAAGCGAGAUCGAGGAUCUGGAAAAGAAAUGGAAUUGCAAGAUUGACUUUCCCAACACAGAACAAGCCAGUGACAUUGUCACCAUUUCUGGACCAGAAUACCAGGUCCCCCAAGCUGUAGAUGCCUUCCUCGGCAUGGUACCCGAAAGCCAUGAGAUUGCCUUCCAAAAGGCGGAAGAUCUCGAUACAUUUUUUUCUACAGCCGAAUUCUAUACCGACCUCCGACAAAAACUGAGAGACCAGUACGAAGUUGACGUCCAUGCCAAUCCGGAGCUUAGUAGCCUACCGAAGUCCGCCACAGCCUCUGUUGAGCGAAUCGUCGGCCCAUCUGAGGGACGACUUGUUCUUACUUACACCCGCAACAAUGCCGGAGGACUCAAAGACGCCAUCGACUACCUCAUCUCUCAGUUGGUGCCACACGGUCUCGAUGCGACCACUGUCAAAGGUGCUAUUCCCCGUCCGAAGUCAGACUCGUUUGAGGAUUCUCUGCCCUUCUUCGACUCAAAAUUACUCCAAAAUGCGCCGUCUCUCCACUCCACCGAUUCUCCGACGCGAUUGAGUUUCGCUGACGGGGAACAUACCCCAGUCUCUGAACGCGCCUCCCUGUUUGACCGCCUACGCAAGCCUGGCAGCAUUUCGUCGUUCUCGUCGUUUAUGAGCCGCAAGAACCAAAACAACUCUCCGGGAACCUUCUUCAAGCACGCUUCUUCCAAUGCCAGCAAGGCAUCUCUAAUUUCUAUGGAAAGCCGCGAAAGCGGCUAUAGAAAUUUUUGGAAUGACAGCGGGGUCAAUCUCCCUGAAGAAGAUGUAUCUGCUUCGUCACUGAGUGCGGGCUGGCCGUCGCGCUAUGAGAACAAGUUUCCCUUCGGAACAGGAACCUCUGUGUCGGGUGACAGAACGCCAAAGCAUGAACACCCUCGCGCGAGUUUCGACUCUGGAAGGCCUUUGACAUCCCACUCAUUCUCCUCCUAUCAAGGCCCCAUGGGCCCACAACAUCAUAAUCCGAUGUUGACAGGUACCAACGGAUCAGCUAACCAUUUAAACCUCCCUCUACGCUAG